UCCAUGAGCGGGCAACACGCGGCAACCUUCCCCGAGCGGCUGCUUUCAGUAGCACGCGAUACACUGUAACGAAGUGCUGCCAAGUGAAGAAGUGUCACCAAUGUCUAUAAUUUGCUACCUUGGAGAAUGAUCAGUAUUCGACUUAGCUUCCGUAAGUUUCGCUAGAACUCCCUAAUUUUCCGUGGCGGCGCGCGCAGAUACAUGGCGUUCAACGCCGUCAUUGGACGACACGCCCUCCGCGGCGUCCCUCUGGACGCGGCCGAACUGCGGCGGCUAAUGCUGGCGCACACCGACCUGGGAUCGGCGGUGCGCGGCCUGGACGCCGACUUCUCGCCGUCCGCUUUCCUGUGGGUCUGCCUGUUCGUCCUCGGCGUGUGCGUCGAAGUGAGCCACUUCCUGGGACACAGGCGCGCCGGGGACCGCUACGAGCUUGUCAUCUUCGCCCAAAACCUGGGCAGCGUGACCCUGGCGUUCUUCCUGCUCUCGGUGAUCGCCUCACGGCUCACGGAGGCUGCUCACGCCUCGAGCGUGCCUCUGCAUCGGUGCCUGGGACACGCAACGACGUCGCCGGACUCCGCUACCACCAUGGAUACCGCCGAAGUUGGCGCGACAGUGGCGCCGCCGCUCCUGGAAGGCCGCCUCCUGGCGUCCCAGUUACGCGCUCCAGUGGUAGAGCUCACCGGCUGGGGCUUCUUCGCCUUCUCGAGGUCCUUCGUCCUGACACUAGCCGGCGCUCUCAUCUCAUACGUGGUCAUCAUUCUGCAGCUCAACCCCGCCACCAGCGGGAGCAGCGGAUCAGACCACCACUGAACGGUCGGGGGCGGCCGUUCAAUCUAAAGCCUAAGCCUUAAACUUCGUAAAGUAGCGACUCUCUCCUCCUCUUUUCUCCUCUCUUUCAUGUUCCCUCCUCGACCGUGGCGCCGCCUACACCGCUCGAGCGUAGCAACGGCGCUAACAUGCGCUCCUCGCCACUCCGUAGACGCUUCUCGAGCAAAAGUGGCGCUGAUGCACGGCGCGAGGGCCCACAUGAUGCUAUUGGGCCAAUAGCGACGCGGCGUCGGCCAGAGCGCGCGAGGGGGAGGAGGCAUUCUACAAAGCGUGGCACUACUUUACGAAGUUUAAGGGGCUUUAUUUCCAUCGCACCGAUUUCGAAACUAUGCCUGCGGAGGGGAUUGGCGGGCACGCUGCAGAGACGGGACACGGUGCCGAUCUUCUGUAGCAAAGGCGGACAAUUGUGCGGGUUCGUCAACGUUCAAUGUUGAAAUGGCGCGAACGGGCGUAGCGGAAAUGCGUCCGGCAGGGCUGUCGUUUUUGACAGCGCAUUAAUAAGCAUCAAUAAACUAGACAGGUUAAAUAUAAUCCAAAUCUCUUUUCAUUUAUUAGUAGGAAAAGGGUUAACUUGCAGCGGACGAAUGUACAAGGGCAAAGUAAGCAGUCACGGCUAACUGACCAAGGGCAAUAAUUAUCUCCUAGAAUUAUAACUGUGCUGUGGCAUUGCAUUGUCGACAGCUGACGAUUUGUUAUUGGCAUUCCCUUUGGAACGGGGUGGUGAUAAAUUCACAUAGCCUGCAUCAUUGAAUGAAGUUUCACUACACCUAUCACAGUCUAGCGUUUUGCCCAUCUUUCCUUCAUACUUUCUUUAAUGCCUUUACCUCUUUGCUGUAGUAACCUAGGCCUAUAAUGACUUAGAUUCUAUCUCUUCCCUGCGUUUUUUUCCACCGUAACUCAAAACGGCUCUUAUUUUGCUUGUCUUGAUUGCUCAUCGGUCAAUUAUUGCAUCCAUUCUUAGAAUCCCAGCGAUUCAGAUUUCUCUGAAGUGCUUCAGCUAUUCUUCGAGCUGCAUGAAUCACGUCAUUUACCACUCUUAUAGCAGACUUCACUUUUCGUAGAAAAUAGUUUAUUGGUAGCUUACACACGCACUCACACACACCUUGUAAAUAGCCACAUAUUCAUAGAUUUCAACAGCGAUAGCAAAUGCGACACUCUGCCAGAGAGUACAUAUACAGCAAGAACAGAAGGAUUCAAGCAUGUACAGCCGGUGUCCCAGUUAACAUCAAGCCAAGAUGUGAUCACCAACACAAGGAGAGCACAAGAAACUUGCACAAUGUCAGGCAUGGAGGUCAACAAUGAGUUCAGCACAUGACAGGAAUUCAAGCUGGUACAAGCCACGUUUUGGGUAAAAAAAAAAACAGCAACAGUAAGACAAAGUUUUUUUUUGAAAAAUUCUUCACGAACCACUGGGAUCGACAUGCAAUAAAUCAAACUUUGCCAAAGAAAUACAAAUGAGAGGGUGACAGCAGACAUAUACCAGCCCCCCUGCCAUGACGAUAAGCACAACCACCCCCACAAAGCACCCGCACUCUAUCACCACUCUACACAGCAAAGCCCAGCCAUUCUUCUGAGCCAGGUCAACUUGCUUCACAUGUGCUCAAACACAAACAGGCUUUAACUAAACUUGUGACUCACUGAACGUGCCUGUGCUUAAUCCAUGUGCGAAGACCUAUGCUUUCUACACAAGCGUGAUGAGGAAUGUCAGUUCUGCACAUCUUCACAAUAUCUAAAAUUGAAUGUCCUGUCGUUUGCGAACUGUGCUGAACGUGCCGAGACACCUAGGGUUGGUCUACUUGUACCUCUGGGUCUCAGCGGAAUUAAACAACCAUUGACAUUUUGUAAGUCACAACAGUUCCUAAAUAAAUUGUUGUGCAAUGCAUUCUGUCAUUUUCUA